AUGUGGUCUUGUAUCACAGACUUCUUCACCUAUGAAACCACUAAGUCAGUGGUGGUGAAGAGCUGGACCAUCGGCAUCAUCAACCGAGUCGUCCAACUUCUUAUCAUCAUCUACUUCAUCUGGUGGGUGUUCAUCAAUGAGAAAGCUUACCAGAUUACAGACACAGCCAUAGAGUCUUCAGUGCUGACCAAAGUCAAUGGUUUUGGAGUCUACAACAAUACUCUGAUGGAUGUUGCAGACUACGUCACUCCAACACAGGGGGCGUCAGUUUUCUGCAUCAUCACCAAACUAAUCAAAACAGAAAACCAAGUCCAAGGAUACUGUCCAGAGGCUGAGAGGAAGUUCAACUGUACUACAGACAGUGAUUGCAAAAGUCACACCAACGGAGGUUAUGGUGUUCUAACAGGGAGAUGCGUUCACAUUAAUAAAAGCAAAGGGAUGUGUGAGAUAAAGGGCUGGUGUCCUGCUGAGGUCGACACCAUCAAAACAACACCAAUGAAGGAAGUGGAGAAUUUCACCGUUUUCAUCAAGAACAGCAUCCGUUUCCCAACUUUCAACUACACCAAAGGAAACGUCCUUCCCACUCUCACUGAUGAGUAUGUCAAAAAAUGUAUUUUUGACACAGUCAACAACACGUACUGCCCAAUUUUUCGAGUGGGAGACAUGGUCCGCUAUGCCCAGCAGAACUUCACUGAACUGGCAAACAAGGGAGGAGUGAUAGGCAUAAAGAUCGACUGGAUGUGUGAUCUGGACAAGUCAGAUGACCAGUGUAACCCGUCAUACUCCUUCACUCGUCUAGAUGCCAUGUCACAACACAAUGCCGUGUCACCUGGCUACAACUUCAGGUUUGCCAAAUACUUUAAGAUGAAGAAUGGGACGGACUACCGCACUCUGGUUAAAGCCUACGCCAUUAGGUUUGAUGUGCUGGUCAAUGGAAACGCGGGGAAGUUCAACAUGAUCCCCACUCUCAUCAACAUGGUGGCGGCCUUUACUUCUGUGGGAGUGGGCACAGUGCUGUGUGAUAUUAUUCUGCUGAACUUCCUGAAGGGAGCUGAGCAGUACAAGGCCAAGAAGUUUGAGGAGGUGUCCGACGACCCUCUGGACUCCCAGGGUAAAGGGCUGUACCGCUCCCAGCUGUCACUCAGACACAGUGAUGACAUCAUGAGGUCCAGCGACUCUGGAGCGUUUUCUCUUGAACAUUACAUGUAA